UGUAUUUUAACAUUCCAUUUGGAUCUGUUGAAUGUGAGAUAAUAGACUGACUUCAUUACAUCAUAGAGCGCCUACCAGAUAACAUUUGACAGAUCACAUAUUUUAUAAAAAUGUUGAAUGGUAAAAUGUUGUUGAAAGUGAGACGAGCGACUGGAUUCGGCCAAGCUCCUUAUCGCAGGUAUAGAGGCAUGAAAUCGAACUUCCUGUUAAUCUUAUGGGGCCUCUGUAUGCUUUCUAUGAUCAGCGUGCUCAUCAUAUAUCUAUACAUCUCCAAGAACAAUGAAAAGGUUUUCCAUAAUGCUAGUGACAUACACUACACUGAUAUUGACGAUACACCAAAGAGCGUACCAGGAGCCACAGAAGUCGAAGAACUUGAUGAAGCUAAGGCUUUGGAUUUUAGCCUAACAUUUACGACACUUGUUGAUAAUAAGGAUGUAGCUUUACAACGAGGCUGGUGGAUGCCACAUGUUCGCUGGAAGGAGGCGGUAGAAUGCGACAACCAGGAAUGGGGAAUCUGUGCAAAGGUUCUCAGCGUAUCCUGUAAACCUGAAAGCAUCAGAGCCAUCUAUCAGUUCAUACCAAUACUAAAUGAAGCCCCACUUCGGGGAUUCUAUUUCUCAGUGAGAAGCUCUGGAAAAUAUCUCAAAAAAAUUCCCAAUCCUGACAGGGGUCACACUGAGUUUUUCUAUGGUGCAGUGGCUGUGAUUCGUUUCAUGGAUUUUAGCAAUCACACCUUACAGUUGAAUUUUUCUCCUUCAGAUGAAAAUCUCUACAUGCAUUCAGAGAUACAUUAUAUGUUACCACCAGGCGAUCUUAAAGUUACUAGUGUUACCAUAAUGUUAGGUUGUUAUGGCUACGCUGGUUUGGUGAAAUUCACUGAUAUUAAUUUGAAACCAAUCAGAUUACAAGAAAGAAAUGAGAUUCCACGUGAGUUAACACCUUUCGAUUUUAUCUCAAAAUGUCCACAGUUGCCUUCUCCUCUCCCUAAAGUGCCAAAAUUUAAAACGCAACAAUUUUUGAUAUCGAAUGAUAAAUUUGACAGUCACAUGUUAAGCUUGGUUACCUUAGUAACACAACUCUCAAUGGAUAGAUUAAACAUUGCUGCUGAAAUACUUCAAAAUUGGGACGGACCGAUAUCACUCGCGAUUUAUGUCCCAGCUGGUGACUCCAAUAAUCAAUGGAAGGAGCAGUAUGUCCAUAAAAAACUACAAGGAAUCAAAAUUGGACCCCAUUGUGAUGUCACAGUCAUGUAUGGGAUUCACCCAGAUGAGCGGUAUCCUAUCAACAUGUUGCGUAAUGCCGCAGUUAGAAGUGUUCGAACGGAGUAUAUGUUUCUUGUUGAUGCAGAUUUUCUUCCGUCACCUAAUUUCCAAGAAAUAUUUGACAUGACAUUAAAAGCUAACUUCAAAAAAAGAUCUCACGAAUCAUUUGAUAAAACUGCUUUUGUCGUCCCCGCUUUUGAAUAUAUGGAAGACCCGGAGCCCACAGACCCCUUAGCACAUUCAAAAGCUGAGCUUCUUGAAAUCGUCUUGAAUGAACAGUCUAACAUUGAAGUAUUUCGAAUACUAGAAUCACCAGAUGCCCAUAAACCUACAGAUUACCAAAGAUGGUACACCAAUAGCAAAAUAUAUAGGAUCAAAAAUUAUCAGGACAAAUACGAGCCAUAUGUAGUGCUCCGCAAAAAUGAUAAAGUGCCUUUAUACGAUGAACGCUUUGAUGCAUAUGGAAUGAACAAAGUUAGUUUUAUAAUGGAAUUGAAAGCUGCUGGAUAUGAAUUCCUUGUUUUACCAGACUCUUGGGCCAUACACCUACCACAUAUGCCCACCCCCUUUAACUUUGCCUUUCUCAAUAGCCCCUUGGAGAGACUAAGGAAUCGUGUAUUGAGAUUUGAAUUUAAUGCAGAUCUUAGUAGGAAAUACAGGAUCGGAGGUUGUGUGGAACAAAUAUUCAUGAAAUAGCAAAGUAGUGUAUAUUACAAUGUGACAAAGACAAUAUUUAGUUAUAGCUUUAUAUACCAAAUGUUUCAAAUCUUUUUUAAUGAUACUGUAUGAGUUUUGUUGUUGUCAAUUCAAGCUCAAUAUCAAUUCAAUGAAGAUCAGUGUUAUUUUAAUGAUGAUCGAUUUCACACUGAUGGCAAAAUUUUCUUUUUAAUUAAGUGUUGCAUUGUAAUCCUGUCUGCAUCAAUGCUAUCACAUAAACGAAUACUCAAUUAAUCAAAGGCUAAGACAUUUAAUCAUGAAAUAUUAUGUAACUGGGGACUACUGGGAAGUGAAAUGAAACUGUAAAUAUAGGAUGCAGCAUUGAAAGGCAAAAGUUGUAUAUUCUUAAGUUUUACCACCUUGGUACUUGACAAUCAUAAAUCUCAGAAAAAGAAUACAAUAAUGUCACUUAUUUCUCAUUUAGAUUCCAACUGUGCCUAUUAAUCAUUAUUUAAUCAUUAUAAUCAAUUCGUGUAUGUAAAUUUCUACAUGUUUAGAGAUGGAACCUAAUAGUCAACAUUAUGUGGAAGACACUUUCUUCAAAAACGAAUAUUGUAAUCUAACCCUGUUUAAAAUAUGAACGUUUUUCGAAAACCAUAGCAUGAGCUCACAAGAACAUUUAUUUGUCAGUAUAUCUUGUCUGCAUUGAUUCUAAAUUGGCGGUUCUUUUCAAGGGAAUAUGGGUAAUUGACAUAGAAGGUCAUGAGUCAGAGGUCAUCCAAAAAGUAAUUUAUUGAGACUGGAUGCAAGACUCCAAAGAAAGAACGCCCAAAAUAAUAGUAAAUGCAAAUAAACCAAUAUACAUGCACAUGAACAGAAAACUCUUUCUUUACCAAGAAGAAUAAACGAGAGAUGUUUACUAGUGCCAAAAGACCACGUGCAGUAUGGCAAGUGAUUUUAGACAGUCAUAUCUUUCACCAUGAGUACUUUCUGGGCAUACAUACAGUGGCUUUUAUUGAAGCAAUAUGUUUUCUUUCAAGUGAAGUCCCUAUGAUAGUAAAAUAUCAAUCCAACUCUCUGAAACAUUAUGGUGGAUUAGGGGCCCACCUUGGCACUUUUUGAAAAAUGUUAGGCUUAUUUUUUAAAAAGAGGAUCUUGUUUUUCUCAAUUUAAACAUAUCGAAAGUCUCCUUUACGCUACAUUAACAAUUUCUGAAAAGGGGAUGGGUAUUGAAAUGCAAUAAAGUUAAAAAACCACAUAUCCCAUGUUAUUUUCCCAUAGAAAAAACUCGUGCUAUCCAUUGUUAUCAGCAUAAUUUUGGUCAUCGAAAAUUGAUAUCUUCAAAACUAGACUUUCAAUACCAUUCUAUUUUUGCACAUGUCUUAGACCCCUUGUUGAAUAAUGUUUUCAUGCAAUAAAAAUCAGGAAAAGAAGAUCCUCUUUUGAGUAAAUAGGUUCAAUAUUUUGAAAAAAAUGUUGACAUGGGGUCCCCAUUCAUAAUUUUUCGAAUUGUUUGAUUUAUGUUUUUAUCAUCAUGGGUACUUCACUUGAAAGAAAAAAUAUUGUUUUAAUAAAAACCACUAUAUUUAUGCCCAGAAAGUACUCAUGGUGAAAGAUAUGACCGUCUAAAAUCACUUGCCAUACUACACAUGGUCUUUUUCACUAGAGAGGGGUUUAUCGACUUGUUGACUUGAGAUAGAGGUGUUCACUAGCAAAGUUCAUGAAAGAUAUACAUCUUGAGAGGUUUUCACAAGAGGUGUUCAUUGAAUAGAUGUGUUCACCAAAAAGAAUUCAGGAGAGAGAUACAUUAAUUAAAAGAACAUUUUCAUCAGAGAGAGUUGUUCAUUAAAUUAAGGUGUCUAAAAAUACUAUAUUAAUGUACAUGUAUCUACAGAUCUAUAGUACAAUAUUUUGUUAACUGCUUGAUAAUCAUAAUUAUACAUAAUACAUCAUAUAUAUUUUGUAUAAAUG